CCCGCCGAUGCGCGCGGCCGCCCGCGCCGGGGCUCCCAGGCCGCGCCGGGCCCGGGGCUGAGGGACCCCGCGCGGCAUGCCCGGCCCGGCCUGCCUUCCGCCGCCGCCGCCCAGGGCCCGAGCCCGCGCGGCCCGCACCGAGCCCGGCGGCGCCGCGUAGCGCAGCGGGAGCGCGGGAGCCCGACGGCGCGGCCGCAAGGUCACCGCGCACCAUGGAGGCCAAGGUCCGCCAGAGCCGGCGCUCGCGCGCGCAGCGGGAUCGCGGCCGCCGUCGGGAGGCGGCCCGCGACGCCCGCGACCGGAGCGCGUCGUCGGGCGACGAGACCGAGCCCGGGCCCGGGAAGGAGAACGCGGGCCUGCCCCGCGCGCCCGCGCCCCGCGCCGCCGCCGCGCGCCCCCCGCGCCGCCGCCGCCGCGAGUCCAGCUCGCAGGAGGAGGAGGUCAUCGACGGCUUCGCCAUCGCCAGCUUCAGCACGCUCGAGGCCUUGGAGAAGGACAUGGCCCUGAAGCCACAUGAGCGGAAGGAGAAAUGGGAACGUCGCCUUGCCAAGAAGCCCCGCGAGUCAGAGAACUGCCCAUCCGCAGAACCAAGUGAGAAUGGGCGUCCCCUGGAGAUCGUCAGUCCCGAGCAGGACCUGGAGCCUGCCUGCGACCGGGGGAAGAAGAAGGUCCCACUGCAGCCCACCAAGCAGAUGAAGGUCACCGCGUCCAGAGGGGGCGACCGCCACAGUGGGGAUGACAGCCUCCACGAAGCCACCAGCUCCCGGACAAGCAGCUCUCGGGACCAGCUCAGUGACAGCUCUACGCAGGCCGUCUCGGGCAGAGGCUACUCGUGUGACAGCGAGAGCGAAGGGGACGACAAGCCAGGCUGGGUUCCAGGGCUUCCUCCCAGCCCAUCAGGAAGCAGGUGCAGCUCCGAGGGGUGCAGUGCCCGCUCAUCCAGAGCCGCCAGCCUUCCUGUCCUCCCCCACCCCAGUCCAACUGACCUGCCGUGGGGCCAGCCCCCUCCCAGGAGCCUCUGCCCUCUGCAGCUCCCCACCACCUUUCUCCAGGGAUACAGCCAGGCAUCUGUGGGCUCCGAGAAGCUCUUUGCCCCAGCAGCCGAUAAAGGCCCCACGCUGGGCGAGGAGGCCGAGGCCAAGGCCGGGGCGCCGCCCAAAGUCUCGGGCCUGGAGCGCAGCCGCGAGUUGAGCGCCGAGCCGCCCUUCCUGCCCACGGUGCGCAGCCCCGCGCCCCCCGCCGAUCCCGCGCCAGGCGCCCCGGCCAGCCCGCCGGUCAAGAAGGAAGCCCCCGCCCUGCCCCGCCUCACCCCGCAGCCGCCGCCCGCGCCCCCACAGCCCCGCGCCCCGCUCCCGACGCACGUGCCUCUGCCCCUGGGCGCCUUCGCGGGCCAAGGCCAGGCUGCGCACAACGGCCUGCACAGCCUCAGCAGGAGCAGCGGCGCCGGGAGCAGCGCCAGCCUCGGGCUCGCGAAGCACGCGUCCCUGUCGCCUCUCGGGCCGGGCCCCCACCUGUCUACCUCACACUUGGCGCUCCGCUCGCAGGCCCAGCACCAGCACCACGCGGCGGCCAUGUUCGCCGCCCCCCCGACACUGCCCCCGCCCCCGGCGCUGCCGGCCAACAGCCUGGUCAUCCCAGGACACCCUGCCGAUGCCAGCCUGUUGAUCUCAUUCAGCCAGCCAAUCAUGUAUUGCCAGCCUCAUUCGGGGAUUCUGAUUGAUCACGAGCUGCUCAGGCAAGAGCUGAACGCGCGUUUUCUGGUCCAGAGCGCUGAGCGGCCCGGCGCCCCCCUGGGCCCGGGGGCUCUGCUGCGGGCGGAGUUCCACCAGCACCAACACACACACCAGCACACACACCAGCACCAACACACAUUUGCCCCCUUCCCCGCGGGGCUGCCCCCGACGCCGCUCCUGCCGCCCGCCGCACCCCCGCCGUUUGAUAAGUACGCACCCAAGCUGGACAGCCCCUACUUCCGACAUUCCAACUUUUUCCCGUCCUUCUCUUCUGCCAUCCCCGGACUGCCCACCCUGCUCCCACACCCAGGCCCCUUUGGGUCCCUACAGGGUGCUUUUCAGCCCAAGACUUCAAACCCAAUCGAGGUAACAGGCCGGGCCAGUGCUGUUCACACUCUCCUCCAGAAAGGCCCCGGGGUGUCCGACCCAUACCGGACCACGGUCAGGAAACCUGGGAAGUGGUGUGCCGUGCACGUGCAGAUCGCCUGGCAGAUCUACCACCAUCAGCAGAAGAUAAAGCAGAUGCAGCUGGACCCCCACAAGCUGGAGGUGGGCGCCAAGCUGGACUUGUCCAGCAGACCCCCUGCCCCGGGCGUGUUUGCCGGAUUCCACUACCCGCAGGACCUGGCCCGGCCCCUCUUCUCUGGCUCGGGUGCUGCCCAUCCCACCACCAACCCAUUUGGACCCUCAGCCCAUCCCAGCAGCUUCCUGACCACCGGUCACCUGACAGAUCCUUUCAGCAGGCCGGGCACCUUCGGGGGCCUGGGGAGCCUGGGCAGCAGCGCCUUCGGAGGCCUGGGGAGCCACGCACUGACUCAGGGCAGCGGCAUCUUUGCCCCCAAGGAGAGCUCUGUGCUGCAUGGCCUGCCCAGCCCCCACGAGGCCUGGAACCGACUGCACCGGGCACCACCCUCCUUUCCCACACCACCCCCAUGGCCUAAGCCCGUGGACCCCGAUCGGGUCUCAGCCCUGACCAACCACGACCGAGAGCCGGACAAGGGCAGGGAGGAGAGGCUGAGUGAGGGUGUCUGUCUUGUCGCUCCCAGGGACCUCCUGGAGAAGACGCGCCUGCUGAGCCGGGCCUCGCCCGCAGCCCCCGUGGGCCACCCAGCCAGCAGCCUCCUCCUGCGCGGCCAGAGCGAACCGUGCGGGCCCGGGGUCCCUGCUGAGCGCGAGGCCGAGCCCCGCGUCAAGGAGAGCCGCUCUCCGGCCAAGGAGGACGGCGCCAAGCUGGCCGCGCGCCCGCCAUCUCCCUACAGCAAGGCGGUUCUGGGCGACAGCCUCCGCCUGGCGGGCCUCCUGGGCCGAGAGCCGGGGAAGCCGCCCGAGGCGCCGGCCGAGCGGCCCCAGGGCGACGUCAAGGUCAAGGAGGAGCGCAGGGAAGACAGCGACGCGCCCGAGCCCCCAGGGGCCGGCCUGCACCCGGCGCCCGAGCGUCCGCGCGCGCCCCCUGCGCCCCUGCAGCUCGGGCCCAGCCCGGCGGCCCGCGAGCGCCUGGGCUUCACGUGGGAGCCCCUGCGCGACGCCUACCGCGGCCUGGAGCUGCCCCGGCGCGCCCUGCCCGCCGCCGCCCCCGCCCCGGGCCCCGCCGCCCUCUUCGAGCCCCCCGAGCGCCCCUACCGCGACCGCGAGCCGCACGACUACAGCCCAGAGCGCCUACGGGAGGCGCGCCGCGAGGAGCUGGAGCGCGCGCGGGCCGCGCACCUGGGCGCCGCCGCGCACCUGCCCGCCGCCGCGCACCUGGACGGCGCCGCGCUCCUGCCCGCGCUGGGCGCCCUGCACUACCCGCGCCUCGGGCCCGCCGCCGCCGCGCUGCACAACGGGCUCCUGGCGCGGACCCCGCCCGCCGCCGCCGCCGCCGCGCUGGGCGCGCCGCCCCCGCUGGUGGCCGCGGGCGGGCCCCCCACGCCGCCCGGGCCGCGGCCGCGGAGCAGGACUACGCCGCUCGGGGGCCAUGGGCCCGAGGCGCGCGACUACUCCCCGUCCCGCAACCCCCAGGAGGUGGAGGCGCGGUAGUCCCCGCGGGACCCGCACCCAGCGUGCAGAGGCCCUUCCACAAAUGCACUGCUGUAAACUUUUCUACGUGGACGUUUCUAGAACCUAAGCACAGCGCCGUCAGUCCUGGGGUGACGCUUGCUUAACACCCGAAGUCGGCACAGUCGGGGAGCUUCAUCCACAGCUUUGCUGGGGGUGAUCUUUUGUUUUCUGAGCUUGAAAUUAGGCUACUGGAGGAGAAUUCAAGUUUGUACAUCUUUUCCCACAGGUGAGAAGCGUUUUUAAUAGAUUUGUAUUUUUUUCAAUUUUGUGCUCUUUAGACAUUUAAAAAGAAAAGAGAAACUUUUGCUUUUUUAUCUUCAGUUCAGAUUUGCAAUGUAAAGGCCUCAGAUCCCUCUCUGGAGCCCCAGGAUCUUUUGUCUUAUUUAUGGAGAAAAAACGGUCAUUUUGUCCAGCGCACUGUGAGGCCCCCACUCAGGGCCCGCCUGGCCCUCCCUUGGUACUUGGAACCGAAGUUACAGAUAUAUAUUAAAAUAAUAAUUAAUAAUAAUGUACAAAACUUUUUUUGCUUUAUUAUGCAGAAGCAUAAGAGGAUUUCUUUUUUGGUUUGUUUUUAAAGAAAAAACAAAUAUGUAAAUAGUCUGUUAAUAUAAAUAUAUGAUGUUAUUAAAUUCUUAACCUAGGUAGACUUUAUAAAAGGCAGUUUCUAGAAACCUCUCUGGUUAUUUGUUUAACAUGGUCACAAAAAACCCACUUGCUGUCAAUUGGACACGCUCAGAAGCUUAACUGCAGCAGAUCCUUCACUAUGCAAGCGCUCAGAGGUGGGACUGGGCCGCUGUCUGGGGAGGGCCCUUCCCCCAGCCUCGCAGCGAGCUGGGCCCCGCCCUCCUCGGGACUGGCCGGGACUGGCCGGCUCUGGCCGCAAGGACACUGCUGUGGACCCUAGUGCUCACUUGAGCAGCGUUCUCAGAAUCCAUACCAGACAAGUAGAUUUUUAGGAGUGAAGAGUCUAAAGGUUCAUUGCAAUCAGAAAUAGUAACUUCUGUCCACUUUCCCUUCCAUGCAAAGGCCAUCGGCAAAUGUCCCUCAGUGCGCUCCUCCACCUACGGAGGCCUUGGCAUGAUCUCCUUUUGGUUUCGGUUUUGCUUUCAUAACCACCCGAACAUCCCCUUGUCCUGUCCUCAGCGUCCUUCUCUGUUCCCUGACGUCCCCACCUGUGUCCACUGCACUCUUGAGCCUUGUUGGUUCGACCGUCGGCAGCCAUCUGCUCUGUUCUGUAUUUUCAACCCGUGUUUCCACUGUGGACUCUGGUUGUUUUAAACACUGAGUUCUCGUGUCAAUCAAUGAAGAUAAAUACAGCCUUGAUUUUGGAUCACAA